UUUAUCACUAAAAAACAUGUUCUCGCAUCAGCUCCCGCUUCCAAAGUUCAGAAACGCAAAAUUCCCCAAAUUUAAGCUAGGUAUUCUUCAAGCUAGGUAUCCUUUGGUUGACUUCGCUUCCUCUUCACCACCGCCUCCGUCCGACACCACCACCGGCGACCACCAUCGCCUACCCUCUCUCUCUUCCUUCUUCUCUUUCUUCCCCAUUUUUCCAUUUCUUCGUUCCUGCGUGCGACACCCCUGUUCGUGGAGUCACCCUCUGUCCGCGUCUUCAAGCACAGACAAGCAACCACCAGCGGCGGCGACCUUCUGUGCCACCGCGACAUCACCACCACCCCACCGCCUCUCCUUUCAUCAAUGCAGGAUAGAUUUAGCAACAUCUGGUAAAGGAGGAAUUGGAACUUUCAUUGGUAUAUGUGCAGUAAGUGGUGCAUUUGGAAUAGCAGAUGCUCAUGUCCAAGGUGAAAUGGUGGGAGACCUUUCAUAUAUGCAUCCUGAGUUGCUUCAGUCUUUCCUUGCUGGUGGAGCAGCAUCAGAUGCAUUAACUUCUGCUUUGAGGUUAGUUACAAAAGCUGCAUUUGAGAACUCCAAAGAUGGUCUUCGCAAAGGAGCACUUCUGUUCUUUGCCAUAACAACAUUCUUUGAGCUUCUUUGUGUCAUUCUCUAUGCAUUUGUGUUUUCCAAAGUACCAAUUGUGAAGUAUUACCGAUCAAAAGCAGCAUCAGAAGGAGCAAAAACUGUUUUAGCUGAUCUUGCAGCCGUUGUCAUCCAGACCUCAUCUGUUUACAGCCAAUCUUAUCAAUGGUUUCCAUACUCCAGAAGGCGCAGAGCUAGCUAAGAAGCAAGUAUCAAAGCUGGGAAUAUUUUUCUCCAUUAGCCUCUUAUGGAGUUUCUUCCAAUAGUUUUUCACUGCUGGUGAUGAUUGCGGAUUUUCAAGCUUUCCUACAUUUGGUCUACAGGCCUAUAAGAACAAGUUCUACUUUGAUUUUUCCGCUACUUAUGUUGGGGUUGGGAUGAUUUGCCUAUAUAUAAUUAAUGUAUCCCUGCUGAUUGGUGAAAUUCUCUCAUGGGGUGUCAUGUGGCCACUCAUUGCUAAUAAAAAAAGGUGAUUGGUAUGAUGCAAAACUUAAGCCAAGCAGCUUAGAGGGCCUUCAAGGUUACAAGGCAAGUCAUCCUUUACCACUCAAUUUUCAUUAUGUUCCGUAUUUUGUAACAUAUAACCUUUAGGUUAAUUAAACGCUAAUUGAUUAAACGUUAACCUUUGAUUUUUCUGUUCUAACUGGACAACAUAUGCUGAGCCCUAGGCAAAGAAGGCUAAAAAAGAUCGUUAAUGGUGGAUGGUGUGGGUGGAAGAAAGCUGUUGAUAGCAAGGGAAAGAAUUUUUUCUUGCAUGUUUUAUAAUCUCCUUCUACCACAGAGGCCUAACAUAGUUUGAUAGGAUCAUUUUCAUGGAGGGUAACAGUUCCUAGUUUGUACCAAUUUUCUUGCAAUAGAAUGGUAGUUUUUCAUAGUUGGAAUUUGAUAGUUCAGUUAAUUAGUUGACUUACUUUUGGGUUGGUGUUUGUAAUUGGCUAUGACUGUAGUCUAUUAUAUAGGAUUUAUCGCUGUUAUCUAUUUGAGUUAUUUGGACAAGUAAAUGAUGCCAGCAAAGGGUAUUCCAAGAUAAUUAGAGUAUUAUUUUAUCAUCUUAUUAACCUUUUUACUUUAGAGGAAUUUGAUCCUUCAACUAUAAUAGUUAAUUUUUGUAA